GUGUUAAACGAAAGCAGGUAGUUAUGAGCUGCGCACUGUAGGGGAUCAUCUAUGGUGGAGCUGCAGAGAGGGUGUGUGUGUCGAUGACAAAGCUGACAAAUAUUAUAAACUGUCUUCUUCAGACCAGACCUAACUUUGGUUAAACGCCACAACUCGGAGUUAGGUGAGGCCGAAGCCUGGCGUUCAGCUGGGUUCUUCGAAUAUGGCUCUGUCAUUCCUUUUGGUCUUGGCUGCAACUGUGAUACUUAUCAGACCCGAGACACCUGUAACUAAGGCCCUACAUCAGAACUCACUUGAGUGCUGUGGUGACAAACAGAAAGUGAACAAUUCAUGUUCGAAUGACACUCACUGUGAACCAGGAUGCUUCUUGCGUGUCCUUGAGAACAGCAACACUGUUUGCAUAUUCUGUGACUCAGCAGCUGUGGAUAUGGAGAACAUAACAGUCUGCACCUACAAUUACACAGUGGAGAAGAAAAACCACACAACUGUAACUACUGUCAUUCCUAAAAUUGGAGGCCCAGGUGUGGCAGCUUCUCUCCUUUUGGGAACACUGUUGAUCAGCCUGUUCCUGAUCCUCUCCGUCGCCUCCUUUUUCUACCUCAAACGCUCCAACCGACUCCCGAGCAUCUUCUACCGCCGCAACAAGGCCUUCAUAUUCCAACCAAGUGAGACAGCUGUCAUGAUCCCCUCCACAUCAGCGAGGAAGCCAAGAUAUGUCAGACGGGAGCGGCCCUCUGCAACGUCGACGCUGAAUAGUGCCACCGUACCCACCACAUCCUCCACUCAAGACUACUAAAGGUGCAAAGGGAGGGAUGGUGCAGGUAGGAGAGAACGCUCAGGAACGAUGUUCAUGUUAAGGUUCACCGGCGUGAGGGAAAAGACCAGUUGACUCGUACACAAGUGGCCAAAUUGAACUGUAGCUGCUUCUGCUGCAUUCUUGUCACCAAGAGUAUCAUUUCUGUUUUUUAAGUAUCGGCAGCCAGUAAUUAACAUAAAUAUGCCCAACUUAAAUAUCCAAUGGAAAUGUAUUGUAUUCUCCUCAUGCAGCACUACAGGAUCACUGCUUUGUUUUUUUUUAGUCUGAACACUGUCAUUAAAUAGUUUUUUAUCUGCUGAAAACACUGAAAGUGACGGGUCUGUUAAAGGAAUAGUUUGACACUUAAGGAAGUAUACUUAUUGCUCAUCUGAAUUUAUAUCUUUUUUUCAUAGUCUGUAAAAACUGAAGUGGAAACAACCCAACACAAGAUUUAACGUGCCGAUGAGUGAGCUGUUGAGGUGCUGUUGCAGUGCCAGGCUAGGUUUCCCCCUGUAUUUAUGCUAAGCAGCUGCAGAUACAAGACACAGACAUGAGAUCGUCAAACUGUUGCUUUUUAUGAAUCGAGCCAAGACAACGUGACAGCCCAGAAAUAUAUAUUUUAGGCUAGCUAAUCAGGUUUUUGUGAUAUUUAUUUGAAUUUUGUAUCUGUGCACUGAUUUUAAUCCGAGGAGCAGGAUAUGGAUUUGAUUAAUGGCACUUCUGGUGGAUUGGGACGAUCACUGGAGACCCUGUACAGAUGAUUCUUCAUUGAUUUUUGUGUUUUUUUUUUUAUUAUUGUUGCAUUUGUAUUUAUUAUUUUUUGCAAACUUAACCAAGCUGAAUGUAUUACACACGCGUGCAACAAAUCGUGCACCAUGCAUUCCACGACAGACCCAGUCAAUCAGGACAGAUUGAAAGUCAUUAAACAAAAUCAGUUUUUUGAUCCUGCAAAAACUUCUAAUUUCAUUAAGUCAAUUUAAAUUCCAAUAUAUUUUAAUUACCAAAUCCCUGUGCACUUUAUUUGUCUGAGAUCAUCAGCUAAUUUUUAAAAGAAACACUCUCUUUUUUUGUUGUUGUUCUUGUUGUAUAGAUGGCAACAUUAUUGUUGCAUUGUGAACAUUACUUGACUACUAUUAACUUUUGCCAAAUGUUGUCUGAAGAAAAUGGCUUUUACUGAGUGCCAUUACUGUGAUUAUUGUGCCAUAAUUAGCUUUAAACGCAGCCAGGAAACGUUCAGUGAUGACAUGAAGAAUAAUUGGGUAUUUGAAUUAUAUCCAGUGGCCUUUACUGUACACAACUCUAAAACAAGGCUAGUUAUCCAUGUUUCAUUUGCUACAUGGUAUUUUAUUUCUUAUAGUUUUAUACCUUGACAACAAUAAGGCUGUAAAGAGUUAAUCCUGUCCUCAGUAUAGGUGAAGCCAUAUGAAGUGAACCAGAUAAAAGGCAGCAACCAUUCCAUGAAUAUUCCUCUUUUUUGCUUCAUCUGUCUGCUGUUGUACAGACAACCAUAAGCUGAAUACAUGUACAUAUUGUUUUAUACAAAUGACAUAUUGUUUUUGUAAUGAUGUUCUUUCUAGUUCGCCAUGAAGAAUGUUCUGAAGAUGUAUGAAAUGUUUGGAGAAAUAAAGCACCUUUCCAUAA